AUACUGAUCUCAGGUAUGCUCAUAAAGUCCAUUAAAUUGUGAUUACCGUUUCCAUUUUUCCUGCAUUUUUAUUGCUUUAAAUUUUUAUUUUAGACACAUUUCUCUUUCGUCUGUCACCUGUGUGCAUUCACUCCUUCUGAAACACUCCCUGUUUAAUUUAAAUGUAUAAACUUUGCUGUAUGAGGUAAAGAUACAGGCAGGUUGUGAUACUGUCAUGGUGUCUUGUUAUUGACCGCAUCCGAACGGUGCACUUAACGUCAGUAUAUCAUUGAAACAGCAUAACCAGGUUAUCCAUUAAUCUGAGGUUUAGCUCACUCCCGUUUAAAAAAACAAACAAACAAUGUUUUUCUUCCUUCCUGGCAGCCUGAUUUCUUCAUAAAAAAAAAACAAUAAAAUCUGUAAUCCUCAAAUCUGCACCUGAUAGGGCAUUAAAGGACAGCCCACUAAAGAGAGUUAAAAAAAGAGGACGAGAGGAGCUCUGGACAUCACUUGGACUACACCACUCAAGUACUCAGUAUUUAUUUUCACAUACACUGAGCUGAGGUCAGGUGGAGAAUUCUGGACCAAUUAAAAAUAAAUACUACCCGGUUGAAGUGUACACGUUAACGAUUAGGAGAGUUGUAUCCUUGUAACAGAGCUGGAAUUGUGCUAAGCCUUUUUUCCAGCUGAGGAUGGCCAAAACGAAAGACUCCGGGGUGGAGGAGAGACCCAAAUGGGACAACAAGGUUCAGUACCUGUUAACAUGUAUUGGCUUUGCAGUGGGACUUGGAAACGUCUGGCGUUUUCCUUACCUGUGCCAAAUCUAUGGAGGAGGUGCAUUCCUCAUCCCCUACCUGAUAGCGCUGGUGUUUGAGGGCCUCCCCCUGCUCUACCUGGAGCUGGCUAUAGGACAGAGGCUCCGCAUGGGCAGCAUCGGUGUCUGGAACUCCAUCUCACCACUACUGGGUGGAGUCGGAAUUACCUCCAUGUUGGUGUCAUUCCUGGUAGGCAUUUUCUACAACACCAUCCUGGCCUGGGUGCUGUGGUAUUUAUUUCACUCUUUCCAAAACCCCCUGCCUUGGAGCCAGUGUCCACUCAAUGAUAACCUCACAGGCUAUAAUGUGGAGUGUGAGAAGAGCACUCCAGUGAACUACUUUUGGUACCGGGAGACCCUGAACAUCACACCUGACAUCGAGACCAGCGGCUCCCUGCAGUGGUGGUUGGUCAUCUGUCUGGCCAGUGCCUGGUGUGUGGUCUACAUCUGCUUCAUCAAAGGCAUCGAGUCCGUGGGAAAGGCUGUGUAUGUGACAGCCACAUUCCCUUACCUGGUGCUGACUAUUUUCCUGAUCCGUGCCCUCACUCUGCCUGGAGCAACUGAUGGACUGGUGUACCUCUUCACUCCUGAUUGGGAGAUACUGAAGAACCCUCAGGUGUGGCUGGACGCUUCCACCCAGAUCUUCUUCUCUCUCUCUGUAGCCUUUGGAGGUCUCAUAGCUUUCUCCAGCUACAACGAAGAGAGAAACAACUGUGAGAGGGAUGCUGUUCUAGUAGGAGUAAUAAAUAGUGCCACAUCUCUCUACGCCUCCAUUCCCAUCUUCGCCCUCCUGGGAUUUAAAGCCACCACCGCCUACAACUCCUGUAUUAAGGGAAACAUCUUGGCUCUUACCAACUACUUUGAGUUUUCAGAACAGAACAUAACUGUGGAGAACUAUGAUCACUGGCUCAAGUAUUUAAAUCAAACAUCUCCAGGUGAGGUGGCCAGUCUGGACCUGACGCACUGUGACCUGCAAACCUUCCUUGACCAGGUAUUGUAACUUUGAAAACACAUCCAAUCUUGUACAUUGUAUUAUUUUUGCCUUUUUGCCUAUUUUCUGUCUCAUUUUUCAAAUUUCCGUCUCCCCUUAAAUCCUGGUUGUUUUUCUGCUCUCGCCUCCCUUUUCUUUCUAGUACAGUACAUCAUGUACCGUUCAAAUAUGUACAGUCAGUUCAUGCUUCCUCAUUACUUUCUUGCCUCUCUCCCACAGAGCGCAUCAGGUACCGGCCUGGCUUUUAUUGUGUUCACAGAAGCAGUGAUAGAGAUGCCAGGCUCGCAGAUAUGGGCCAUACUGUUCUUCGUCAUGCUCUUCAGCUUGGGUCUCUCCUCCAUGUUUGGCAACAUAGAGGGAGUCCUCACGCCCAUCAACGACCUCAAACUAGUGCCUAAGUGGAUCCCAAAAGAACUCGUAACAGCGAUCAUCUGCGGUAGCCUUCUUGACGGCUCUCAUCUUCACCCUGGGUUCUGGGAACUACUGGGUGGAGGUCUUCAACAGCUACGUGGGCUCUGUACCUCUGCUCAUCAUUGCAUUCUUUGAGAUUACUGAGUCAUUUAUGUCCGUGGAAUGAAAAAUUUCAGUGAAGACAUCUAUUUCAUGACUGGGAAUAGGCCUAACAUCUUCUGGAAGGCAUGCUGGAUGGUGAUCAGUCCUUUAAUGCUCCUGGUGGUGUUGAUUGCCUACGUGGUCGUCCAGGCACAGACAACCCCAUCUUAUCCCACAUGGAACCCAGCCUAUGAACUAUUCCCCCAAACUGAAUAGAAGCCCUAUCCAGACUGGGUGUUUGCCAUAAUCAUCCUCCUCUGUGUACUACCUGUGAUCUCCAUCCCUCUGGUGGCUCUCUACAAACUGAUCUGCUGUAGAAUCAAGAAGUCCUCUGCUCGCACCGACCUAAAUCCCUACUGCAACGACGGCUUUGAGGUUGAAACACGGGAACAGCAGAACCAGAGAGCUUAAGAAAAUGUUGCAAGUAACAAAGUUACUGAACAGAAAGGGACAUCCUGAUCUUUACCAGUGCUUCUGUGAAAUUUCAUCUUAAUUCACCAGACAGCUGACUUACUACUAUUUAUUAAACAUUGGAAUUCUUUCCUUUUGCCCAUUGUGUAGUGUAGAUGAUGGAAAAACCAUUCA